AUGUCGGUUAUAACGAUUUUUGUUCAAAGUGAUAACGCGUCUUCUGAACGACGUUUCGAUAAAGGUAUCACCAUAAGUCAAUUAAAAAAUAAACUUGAACCAAUAACUGGUGUAUCGGUUGGUUCACAAAUCUUGCAACUUUAUAAUGGUGACACGCUUGUCACUACUGUUGAAGGAGAUGAUUUUAUGUUGGGAGCUUUUCCAAUUGACAAUUAUAUGACAUUAAAGGUUAUUGAUACUAGUCCUAAUAGUAAUAAGCUAAAAUUUAAUGAUUUGUCUCAAGUAGAAAAAUAUGAAUUGCCAGAUGAUGAAUAUGAAAAACGUACAGAUGAAGCAAAAUCAACAACUUCAGAUUCGACUUAUACAUAUGAAGAAGAGGCAAAAUCAAUUAAAGUGGGAGAUCGUUGUGAAAUUGAUUUUGGUGAUGGGAGUGAAGAUGGUUUGAAAAGAAGAGGAACAGUUAGAUAUGUUGGAGAAACAAAGUUUAAACCAGGUUAUUGGGUCGGUGUUGAAUAUGAUGAACCUGUUGGUAAACAUGAUGGAACUGUUCAAGGUGAAAAAUACUUUAACUGUUCAUCAAAACAUGGAGCAUUUGUUCGACCAAAUAAAGUUAAAGUUGGUGAUUUCCCUGAAGAAAACAUUGAUGAUGAAGAAAUGUAA